ACAGCUUGAGAACAAGGUUCUGUUUGCGCAACUGCAGGACUGCAUCAUAUCCUGUCUGUCAGAACUGUGACAAGGACAGUUAAAGUUUGGAGCUGCCAUCUCUACUAACCGUGCUGUCUGGGGGGAUCAAAACUCCCUGCUAUGGAGGCAGUAGGUAAGUAUGACUUCACUGCCACUGCUGAGGACGAGCUGAGCUUCAGGAAGGGAGACAACAUGAAGAUCUUGGGCACCAAUGAUGACUGGUUGAUGGCUGAGCGACAUGGAAAGAAAGGAUUCAUACCACGUAACUACAUCGACAUUCACCUACCCAGUUGGUACCAGGAGAGUGCUAGUCGAGGUGAGGCCCAGGAGUCUCUCAUGACCCAGCCUAUAGGAUCCUUUCUGAUCAGGGGCAGCCAGAGCUCCCCAGGAGAUUUCUCCAUAUCCGUUAGACACGAGGCAGACGUGCAGCACUUCAAGGUGCUGGCAGACACCAGAGGGCAGUAUUACCUCUGGUCUGAGAAGUUUAGCUCCUUCAACGAGCUGGUGAACUAUUACAUGAACAACUCUGUCUCUAAACACAGCCGCAUUUAUCUGCUGGACACAGAAACACAGGAGAAGGGAUUUGGCCAGACCAGGACAUCAGCCCCAUCCUCUCAGCCC